CCGGCCUCAGUUUCCUAAGUGCUGGGAUUACAGGCUGCACCACCAUGCCCAGCUACCCAAACUUUAAUCAUUUCAGCCUGGUGGUAUCACAUGAUGGAUCUGAGAGCUAGAUUCUAGGAUCUUACGUAUGAAAUAAACCACUGUAUCUGGGAACUACAGUCUACCUUUGGAAACACAGAAGAGGGUAUAAGCGCUGAAAGACCCACUAAGGACCUGGAAGAUGGCCUUUUCCAUGGGUGCUGGAGCAUCUUCCAGGAAAGAAACAGAGGCUGACUUUUCUGUUGACACCUUUAGCUGGAAAAUUCCCAUCAAUCACAGUGACUUCACAAUUUUAAAAAAUCACGAGAGUCGGCUGUCUGAAGUCCUGCAGAAUAAGUUUGGCUGUCUCUCCACCCUGAUCUCUCCAGCCUUGAAAGGUCACAGCCAGCUUCUUGCUCAGAAAGUCUUCAGUAAAAGGUUGAGCCCUAGACUGGAGUUGUCUGUGUGGAAAGAUGACCUCACCAGACAUGCUGUUGAUGCAGUGGUGAAUGCAGCCAAUGAAGACCUUCUGCAUGGGGGAGGCCUGGCUGGGGCCCUGGUGAGAGUUGGAGGCCGUGAAAUCCAAGAGGAGAGCAGAAGGUUUGUGGUCAGAUAUGGUAAGGUACCAGCUAGUGAGAUAGCUAUCACUGGAGCAGGGCAGCUUCCCUGUAACCUGAUUAUCCAUGCUGUUGGGCCCCAGUGGAAGGCAAAGGAUGCACAGAGAUGUAUUGAUAAAUUGCAUAGGGUCGUUGCCAGAAUUCUGAAGUAUGUGACCUAUGAAAAUACAACAAUUAAGACAAUUGCAAUUCCAGCCCUGAGCUCUGGAAUUUUUCAGUUUCCUCUGGAUUUGUGUACAAAGACUAUUUUACAAACUAUUGAGUGGUAUUUUCGAGAGAUGCCAUUGCUUAGUAAUUUGGAAGAAAUUCACCUGGUAAGCAAUGAGGACCUUACUGUGGCUGCCUUGAAAACUGCUUCAGAAGUCUUCCUAGGGGAGAAUGAGCUGGGCCCAUGGAUGAGUCAAGAAACCACUCCUCCUGUCAAUAUUCAAACAGUUCAGGGCCAGACCCUGCAGACUGUCCAGGGCCACAUUGAACAGCAGAUGGCUUCCAGUGCUGAGAUGACAAAGGAAUCCAAGAUGCUGAGUCCCACCAGUCACAAUGUCCCCCACCAGUGGAGCAGAGGAAAUGGACUUGAAGAUGGAUCCCCUGGAGUCAAUCUUAUGGGAUUCAACCUGGAAGAGAUGCAUGAGGCUGAAGCCUGGAUCCAAAAGAUCCUGACCUCCCGGGACCACCACGUUAUUGAGAACAAUCUCAUUCUGUACCUUGGCAAAAAGGAACAUGAAUUUUUGUCUGACCUUCAAACAACCUCACGUGUCUGCAUCUUAGAAGUUAUCCAUCCGGAGAAGGCAAAAUUGGAGAUUAAAGGAGCUCAGGCUGACUGCAUUGAGGUGGUUAUGAAGAUUGAACAUAUGCUAUGUGACGUUCAGGAGGAAAUAAUAAGAAAAAAGGAGCAAGGCCUUCAGAGCUUGUCAGGACAAUGGACUGAUCAGCAAGGAAAACCACAAGAUGAAGUGAAUGAAGUGAUCUUGUUCCAGCGAUUGCCAGUGCUUUUAACACAAGAACUUGAGGAUCAAAAGAAACAGUUUAAAAAACAUGGUUUGCUGGUUAUAAAGGUGGAGAAGAUAGACAACCCGGUUCUUAUGGCUGCCUUCCAAAGAAAGAAGAGACUUAUGGAAGAGAGAACACACAGGCAGUCCGUGAGCCGCAGGCUGUUUCAGCAAGUCCCACGUGGGCUCUGCAGUGCGGUUUGCAGAAUUGGUUUCCAGAGAUUGUACUCUGUGCCCUGUGAAAUCAUGACCACCCCAGGAAAAGAGAACUUCCGCCUGAAAAGUUACAAGAACAAAUCUCUAAAUCCGGAUGAGAUGCGCAGAAGGAGAGAGGAAGAAGGAUUGCAACUACGAAAGCAGAAAAGAGAGGAACAGUUAUUCAAGCGGAGAAAUGUUGCUACAGCAGAAGAAGAAACAGAAGAGGAAGUUAUGUCAGAUGGUGGCUUUCAUGAGGCCCAGAUCAAUAACAUGGAGAUGGCACCAGGUGGUGUUAUUACUUCUGAUAUGAUUGAGAUGAUAUUUUCUAAUAGCCCGGAGCAACAGCUUUCUGCAACACAGAAAUUCAGAAAACUUCUUUCAAAAGAACCUAACCCUCCUAUUGAUGAAGUUAUCAGCACACCAGGAGUAGUGGCCAGGUUUGUGGAAUUCCUCAAACGAAAAGAGAAUUGUACACUGCAGUUUGAAUCAGCUUGGGUACUGACAAAUAUUGCUUCAGGAAAUUCUCUUCAGACCCGGAUUGUGAUUCAGGCAGGAGCAGUGCCCAUCUUCAUAGAAUUGCUCAGCUCAGAGUUUGAAGAUGUCCAGGAACAGGCAGUCUGGGCUCUGGGCAACAUUGCUGGAGAUAGUACCAUGUGCAGGGACUAUGUCUUAGACUGCAAUAUCCUUCCUCCUCUUUUGCAGUUAUUUUCAAAGCAAAACCGCCUGACCAUGACCCGGAAUGCAGUGUGGGCUCUGUCUAAUCUCUGUAGAGGGAAAAGUCCACCUCCAGAAUUUGCAAAGGUUUCCCCUUGUCUAAAUGUGCUUUCCUGGUUGCUUUUUGUCAACGACACUGAUGUAUUGGCUGAUGCCUGCUGGGCCCUCUCGUAUCUAUCAGAUGGACCCAAUGAUAAAAUUCAAGCAGUCAUUGAUGCAGGAGUAUGUAGGAGACUUGUGGAGCUGCUGAUGCAUAAUGAUUAUAAAGUGGUUUCUCCUGCUUUGCGGGCUGUGGGAAACAUUGUCACAGGGGAUGAUAUUCAGACACAGGUAAUUUUGAAUUGCUCAGCUCUUCAGAGUUUAUUGCAUUUGCUGAGUAGCCCUAAAGAAUCUAUCAAAAAGGAAGCAUGCUGGACAAUAUCCAACAUCACAGCUGGAAAUAGGGCACAGAUCCAGACUGUGAUAGAUGCGAACAUUUUCCCAGCCCUCAUUAGUAUAUUACAAACUGCUGAGUUUCGAACAAGAAAAGAAGCUGCUUGGGCCAUCACAAAUGCAACAUCUGGAGGGUCAGCUGAACAAAUUAAGUACCUAGUAGAACUGGGUUGCAUCAAGCCGCUCUGUGAUCUUCUCACUGUCAUGGACUCUAAGAUUGUACAGGUUGCAUUAAAUGGCUUGGAAAAUAUCUUGAGGCUUGGAGAACAAGAAGCCAAAAGAAAUGGCAGUGGCAUUAACCCUUACUGUGCUUUGAUUGAAGAAGCUUAUGGUCUGGAUAAAAUUGAGUUCCUACAGAGUCAUGAAAACCAGGAGAUCUACCAGAAGGCCUUUGAUCUUAUUGAGCACUAUUUUGGGACCGAAGAUGAAGACAGCAAUAUUGCUCCCCAGGUUGACCUUAGCCAGCAGCAGUACAUCUUCCAGCAGUGUGAGGCUCCUAUGGAAGGUUUCCAGCUUUGAAGCGAUACUCUGCUUUUGUGUUCCUGUGUCAGACCAGGCUACCCAGUCGAGUUCUCUUGUGGAGCCUACAGUCCUCAUGGAGCUAACUUCUCGAAUGUUUUCCAUAAUACUGUUUGCGCUCAUUUGCUUGCCUUGCGCACCUGCUCUCUUACACAUCUGGAAAACCUCUGGCUCUCUGUGGUGGAAUACCCUUGUAAUAAAAGGGUAACCAGAAUGGCCCACUCUUACAGAAAAAUCCGUAGGCUUUGGAGAUCCGCACUUACGUUAGAGUCACGGGAAUGUACACUAAUGUGGCUCCCUUUUUUGUGGGGGAAAAAAGAGGACUCCUCCUCAUUCCCUUUAAAGUGGGGGAAAAAUACUGACAUUAAAAGAUAAAACUAAACCUUCAUCUUGAAUUUCAUGUAACUACUUGCAACAAGGGAGAUAUUUAGACCUGUUGUGUGUACUUCAGAGUACUUUUUUGAGUUCUUCCACAGUGAACCCUUGGAUUACCUGGUGGCUUUUUCUAGCCAAAUUUGCAUUAAUCCUUACUGAGAUUGGGUGGUUUUCUCUUCUCUAUCGGUACCAUUCUUCAGAUGUUAAAAGUUAAACCAUCCAGUCCUCACCUUCAGCCUUCAGUGAAUGUGCUUUCUAGUUGUCAGGAAUGCUGAAGAAUUAACACUUUGACUCUUAAAUAUAAUACUGGUUUGCAGAUUCCUUAAAAGCAGAAAGGAGAGGAGCACAUAUUAAUGUGUAUGGCUUUUGCUUCUCUUUGGUCUUACAUGUUUUAGGAUUUGGAAGUGGUUCAGUUCCAUUGCUAGUAUGAAGAUUUAGAGUCUUUAGUAAUCAAAACACAUAUCCUAGAAAAGUAAGAAAACAACCCUUCAGUUUUCCUAUACUCAACCAGUGUGACUAGAGGCUGUGUUUCUGCAAUACAAAAAAAAUGUUUCAGGCUGGGCUGGAGAUUUAGCUCAGUGGCACCAUGCCUGUCUCACAAUCGCAAGGUCCUGAGUUCGAUCCCCAGUACCAAAAAAGUUUCAGGCUUUAUGGUCCUGAUCAAGGUCCUCAGUAAAUUGGUGUUUACUGUGGGUACUUUUCCCUUCUGUGGCUGGCAGAUAACACUUUUAAAGGUUACUUACUGGUUUUUAUUCCUUUUAGUUGCAGCUUGAUUCUAAUAUAGUUAUGCUACAUGAUCCCUGUAAUGUAGCAUCCUUAUCUUAAAAAAAUCUCAGCAUGACCUGCUUAUCCCAAAUAAGAGCAGUGAUCUUUCUUUAAUAACCUCAUUAUUCCCUCAGUGUUUUUUUCAUAUGCUGGUACCCUAGCCCACUCCCAGUAAAACCAGAGUCCACCUUCUGGCUCGUUUAAUGAUGACUGCAAUCUCUACCUGUAAAUGGCGCUUCCAGUACUCUGUUCACUGAUCUACAUUUGUACUUGGACUGGACUGAAAAAAUAAGCUUAAUUGCCAAGAGAACUGCAAAUGAGUUCAAUAUGACCUUUUGGUGCUAGUUGGCCAUCAUGAUUCAAUGUUGGGAUAUACUGUCAGAGAAGAUUUUUUGAUGAUCUGUUCAAAAUGAAUUCUAAAGGAAAAGUUGCUCACUUUUGUUUCAGAGCGUAUCCUUUUAAACCUCCUUAGAACUUAUAUUCUUCUAGAAUCAUUAUAAUCCCAAAGUGUAAAAACUAUCUGGAAUUGCCCCUGACAAGCUGUUAUUCAUCUCUGGUAAAUCCUGCUGAGUGUAAGGGAUUUUCAGAGCUUUCAUACCUCAUCAUGAUAUUUAAGCAGCCAACUUAUGUGACCUGAUUAAACUUCUAAAAAAAAAAUCCACUUCAUUCAAAGUAGAAAGAUUCAAAGACAAAGGACAUUUAUCAGCCAGGAGUGUGAUGCUUUCUUCGCCUCCAGUCUAGUUGUGUCUGUGCUCGGAUGGAUACCGUCUGAUGUUUAUUGUUACUGGUGGAGCAGCCACUGCAGAACUUGUCAGCUCCAUACUGUUACUUUUUCUAGUGCUGCUUUGUGCUGAGAGAACAUUUUAGUUUACUGCACUUGACCUGUAAAAGACUUUGAUUCUUUGUAAUUUUAGGGAUAAAUUAGGUGGUUAAUUUAAAGAACUUUCAAUGUUGCCUUUACAUCACAUUAAAAUAUAACUUCUUUCAGGAAGGUAAUAGAGCACUGAUUCAUAGUAAAAAUCUUGUUUUUAGCUUUGACUUUUUUUGUGGCUUUUUUUUUAAAUUGUAAAUUACUGGUAACGUCAUUUCUAUAGAAUGUUUUAAAUUAUGUACCUUCUAUUAGUUAAAUUUUUUUAUUUUAUAAAUCAAUUUAAAUGGAUAAAACUAUAAAGCACAUUAAGUUGUCUUCUCACAUUAGUAAGAGUAGCAUACAAUGGGAAUUUUUGCUGACAAUUACAGGUAUCUCAAUGAAUGAAUUAAAACAAAGUCCACUUAACUGGUGUGAUCUAUUUUGUCUAAAACAAAAGAAUUUCUCUUGCUCCUGGUCCUAGAAGUUCAUGAACCUUUAGAUCUGAACUAAACUUUUUGUUUUUAUAAUAAAAUGAUUUUUUAAGUAUAAAUAUUAGAAUUGAUUAAAGUUAGAUCCCAGCUUAAUUUGUAUGUGCUGGAACAUGGUACUGGUAAAGCAGUCUUGUAGAAAUGGUAUUGUAAAGGGGAGCUAUAAAUUGUUUUUAGUUUUCUGCUAAUAGUUUCUCAAUUUAUUGAAUACAUUUAUUACAAGGUGUUUCUCAUACAAAAAUGUUAAUUUCAACACAAGAAAGCUUGUGGUUUCAUAUAUUUAUUGGAAAAAAUGUAGCUUUGUUUUUCCUUCUGUUUUUUCCCCCCUCUUCCUUCAGAAUUUCAAAGCAUAGCUUUGUAAUGAAGCACACUUGACAUCAGAAGGAACAGCAGGCAGACAUGGCAGCAUGGACCAGACAUCAGGGAGGGUACUGACGGUGCACACAAAGAAAGGGGCUGAUGAGGCAGAGCUCUCUAGAGAGCACUUUAUGUUCCUGUCAAGACCCUUUUUAGAGGCCAGGGAUUUAGCUCAGGGGUUCCGCUGCAAGUCCAAGGUACCAAGUUUGAUCCCUGGUACC